AACCACACCAUUACCACCACCACCACCAACCCUGAAUCCAUACCAAAGCACGACAUCAAAGUCUACCAGUUUCCAAUCACAGAACGGUGACCGUCAACAUUACAUUGCGCUCGGCUUUACACAUUAUUCUAUUGCAGUACAUCACUGCGCGCGUCUGCAUUUCUAUGCCUGCCACACGCGUGUCGCCAUGUGUAAACAUGGAUCCCGAACAGAAAACAGAGAGGAUGUUUGAGCUGGAGAUGCGAUACAAACAGGCUGUCCAUCAGACAGACCUGUUGGUCAGGGAGGAAGAUGGGCGCCGGAUGAAGCUGCGCAGCAUGGUCCUUCGCGAUGAUAACUCGUCGCUAAAAGACCAGAUUGCGCACAGAGACAAUCGCAUCAAGAUCCUCAUACAGCGAGCCGAUGACGCUCGCCACCUAAUAGAGUCCAUUCGGCAACAAUGCGCCCGGCAGGAGAAGCAGAUCCAGGCCCAAAUGCGCGAGAUCGCUCACCUUAAGGAGGAAAUCGCAGCUUUCAGCACAGUAUCACAGGAUUCCGCAAAGAUCCUAUCCGAGAAACUUGCCCUAACACGCGAGGUCGCCGUCCUCAAGCCCGAAGUCGAGCACCUGAAAUCCCAAUUGUCACACCAAAAAGAUGUCCUCGCCGAAAAGUUGGCACUAGAACGCCAACUAAACACGCUGGAAGUCGAACUCGCCAAUGAGAAGCGCGCUGCGGAAAAGGCGGCUCAAAAGCAGGAGCGAUAUACCAAGGAAGAAGAGGAACUCCGAAAACAGGUCCGCGAACUCGAAAAGGAACUCAACAAGGAGAGAAAGGCAGCACAAAGGAGUGGCGAUUCACAACAACAGGUCAAGGCUCUUAGAGAACAACUAGCGACGGUGGAAAAGAAGUUUGCUUCGGAAAAGUCCAAGAUGGAACAAGCGACCAGGGCUCAAGUGGAGAAGUCUACGGUGAUGGAGGAGGAGCUCGGACAGCUUAGAGAGAAGCUUGCCGAAACAGAAAAGGCAUUGGCAGCUGAAAAGCGGGCAGCUCAGCGCAAGGCUAAAAACCAGGAGAACAAGGCAUCUGUAUCGGAGGACGAACUCGCGGCAUUACAGAAACAGAUCGACGACUUGAAGCAGGCUCUGACAGAGGAAAAGAAGGAUAAGGAGAGGCUGCGAAAAGAGAAUCAGCAAGCGAUCACCGAGGCCGAAGUACGACAAGCAGCGACGGACGAAAAGCUGGAUAAGUUCAGGACCAAACUGCAUGAGGCCAAGGAGGAACUCAAAAAGUCCAAAGCCGAUCUGGAAAAGGCCCGAGAGAAGGCAGCAAAAGCGGCGCUGGUAACGACAACCACGAUACCGACUAAGAAGGCGGCAGCGAAGGUUGCGGGCAAAAAAAGACGCGCGGAUGAGGUGUUGCUCGAGGAAACGGCCCUUGGUACACCGGGCGCAGCCGACAGACCGAAGCGUCCUCUUAAGAAGAGGGGAUUCGACCCAUCAGACAUGGUCCAAAAGUCCACAUUUUCCAUCACGCCUUUCCUCAACAAGACGCUGAACCCAGACGGAACGACCAACGAGGAUGCACCGGCACCGGGUGAGGGCGCGGCUGAGAGCGAAGCUGCGCCAAAGCCUACGCCCGCGCCAGCGGAGGAUUCCCUUAUGGAGCUUGGCGACGACUCCGUCCUAGCACAUCUUCGCCCAACAGGAAAUACACCAACCGAGGUAAAGGUUACUGAGCAGAUAGAGAAGGCCGGCGGCGGUGCUCUGGAAACCGAGGCAGGGGAGGAGAACAACGGCAAGCCCGAGGAAAAGGCAAAGAAGGGCCGUGGCAAGGUCAAGGCCCUCAAACCGCUCGCAGCUUCGGUAGCGUCAAAGAAGGGUCCUAUCAAGGUACCGAAACUCAAGAUCAACAAAGUAGCACGCGCUGCGGAAGCUGUGUCAGAAAAGCCAACAGAAGAAAACGGCGAAUCUUCGACGCAGCCACAGCCAGAAACCAGCAAACCGGCCCCCAAGAAACCCGAACUCAAGCCCAAAACCAAGCCCUCAUCAGCACCCACAUCCGAGUCCGAGCAGCAGCAGCAGCCCACGACCUCUCAACAAGCAGCACCACUUCAAAAGAAGAAGAAACGCAAACUGCUUGGUAAUACCAGCAAGACUACGCUCUUCGAUAACGACGAUGAAGGCGAACGAGUCGACACCAGCAUCCUUCCUGGGAAGGGCAAAGUGGCCGCCGCAGUCACCGGGAAGGCGACAGCGAAGAGGGUGGUUGCCCCUCUUGGGAAGACCAUGGUGGGCAAGGUGCAUAUUGCUGGAGGGAGUAAGAAUCCUUUUGGGAAGGUGGAUAAGUUCAGCCCACUCAAGAAGGAUCGUAGGGGAGUUAACGCUAGCUUUUUGCAUUAAUCUGGUUGGUUGAAGACCCGCCCAUCGUUCGUUGUGUCUUUGAAGCGAAGAGAUAGGUUUCAUGGGCUCAUCAUAGGGUUGUUUAGCUAUAUAGUGUGCAUAUGGCAUUUGGGAGGCAAAGCAUUUCUAGCGUCUAGCUGGCGGUCUAGUGUAGGACUCGGUGUUAAUGGAGUUCAAAUAGUCGAUGGUAUGGUAUGGCAUGACGACUAAGAGUACGAUUACGUGCAUAGUUCCGGAUUCUUCCUGUAGGGCAUACACAGACAUCAAUAGAUAGGCGGUUUACGAAAUCACAUCACGAUUUAUAUCAAA